ACAAAAGUUAGGUACCGUCCGCAAAGUUGUACGCACGCGACGGAACUUGGAGAGUUCGCAACUUCGCUCACAACAAUCCGCGAUCCCGGGAGGUUUAGGCAAAAGUUCCGCGGGAACAAAAGAGUACCGGGCCCGAACAAUAAAAGUGGAUCCUUGUUUCCAGGACUAAUUAAAAUUAACUACUGAAAUGUUCACGGACUAAGUGUGAGACAAACAAAAUGGCUGCAGCCAUGAUUGCCGAUCGAGGACUUCGUAAAAAGUUGACACAGGAAGCUAUUCCUGUGAAAACUCCCAAAAAGCCGUCGAAGCGCAAAUCGACCGCGAGCGGCUCAAGAAAUGACAAAAAGAACGAGCAAAACAACAACAAACGCCCGAAAAUUCACACUGGAGACCCUAAACUGGAUUUAUUUGAGACUUAUCAGCCUUGGGUCAUCCAGACUUACGGGGAUUUGGCUAAAACCAAGACUAUAACUCUCAAGAAGUACGCCAGGAUCCUUCGUACGCUUCGCGGGGAGGAGUGUAACAGUUCAGACAGUUCAAAGUUUCGCUUUUGGGUGAAAGCGAAGGGUUUCCACGUGGGGAAGCCGCCAGGGUACGAGGCGAAGCCGGCCGACGGCAUCGUGUGCCGCUACAGCGUGCAGGACGCGGAGGGCUGUGCGAAGAACCCCGAGGGGAAGGAGAUCUACACCGGCUCGCAGAACGACCCGCCACUUUACAUCCCUACACCACCGUUAAAGAACGCACCAAAUCAGGAGCCAGUGUAUCGAAAAGUCGCGAUAGUUGAAAACUUUUUCGAUAUCAUCUACACCGUGCAUGUAGAGCUUGAAGGUCGACCAGGAAAGCAUGCUGGACAGAAACGUACAUACAGAACUAUAACGGAGACGUACGCGUUUCUGCCUCGCGAGGCAGUCACGCGCUUCCUCACCGGAUGUGCUGAAUGCGCGCGGCGCCCGCGCAGCGCUUCACCACCACCCCUCCCCACUCCCUCCCCUUCCCCCACGCGCCACCACACCUACCUACCAUUCCUACCUCACUGCGCCACCGAUUACACCAGAAACUGGGAAUCAGAGAUAGACGCGGCACACUCCAACUACCCAUACGAACCCAAAUUCGACUACACCGAACUCCAGCCUCUUAAAAAAGUGGAAAGCCCGAAAGCGACAGACUCUGAAGACCAGGAACCUACGUAUAUAGAGCUAACAUCAAAAAAAGUUAACGGUUUCGACUCAAAUCCCUUAUUCAGUAGAAGUUCGCCCGUCGAACCACCUUUUAGAGAAGAGGAACCCGUCAGAACGGACCCGGAGAUCGACAAAGAUGAGAACAGCCUGAUCGACGUUGAAGAUGUCAAAAGUGACAGCCCUAUCCCUAACGUCAUCCCGAAAGAGGAAGAUAGUGACAAAGAUAAAGAAAUUGUAAGAGUUAAAGAAGAAAAGACUGAUGAUAAGAAACAGAAGAAGUAUAAUCCGUUGGACGUGGCUAAUUUGACGUCUAAAGACCCCCCGAAGUCGGCAUCUCCGCCUAGAAAGAAGUUGUUGCCUUCGAGUUUAGAGUAUUCUAAUUCGUUCGGAAGGUUUCCAAAGCCGUGGCGGCCGGACGGAGGCGUGUACUUCGGCGGGGAGGAGGUGGACUACAGCGUGCCCAUAACGACGGCGUAUCUCAAGCAUAUGCGGAGUAUGGCGUAUCAAGAACGACUGGACAUGGAAAAUAAGGAUAAUUUAACACCAGAGCCUGCAGACAUGAACGAUGAUGAUAACUUCUCAAGUCAGGCCUUCGCGAAAGACGCAGAGAAGUUGAAAAUGAUGUUGCUAGCAUGGAAUUACCACAGCCAGACACAAGGCCGCAACGGCGACAUCACCGAGAGCGGGGCCGACAGCAUGGCCGACCUCUGGGCCUCGUACCACAGCGCGCUAGGCCUCGGCAGCAAGCCGCCCAAGCCGCCCACGCCCCUGGCCACUGGCCAUUCGAGUCCGAUCCACGUGGGCUCAGCGACGCCGGUGGAGCCCGCGUCCACGCACGACGAGACCUCGUCGUCCGACCGCACGAAAGACGACGACGACGCCGGCGCCUCCGACGACGAUAGCGACGACCGCGUCGACCCGCAGCACCACGAUCCGGAGCGGCUUAAAGCUUUUAAUAUGUUCGUCCGCCUCUUCGUCGACGAAAAUUUGGACCGGAUAGUUCCCAUCUCAAAGCAGCCAAAAGAGAAGAUCCAGGCCAUCAUAGACUCGUGCACCCGACAGUUUCCGGAGUUUGCCGAGCGCGCCCGAAAGCGCAUCCGGACGUAUCUGAAGAGUUGCCGGCGAAACAAGAAGGUGCGCGGCGACGGCCCGACUACGGGCAACGGCGGCAACGCCACGGGGACCACCAACGCUUGGGACACUGCGGUGCGGCCGACGCCCGCGCACCUGACGUCGGUGCAGGCCGAGCACAUCCUGGCGCAGGCGUGCGAGAACGAGAGCCUCAACGCCAAGCGCAUGCGGCUCGGACUCGACCCCGUCAGCCAGCCCAUGCCCACUGUGCCCACGCCUAUGGCCAUAGACACGACAGCAACCUCAGCAGUGGCUUCCUCGUUCUUGAGCCUGUACAGCAUCAACCCGUCCUCCGCGCCCGCCACCUCCACCUCCAACACCACGUCCUCCUCGCACAGCAAGGCCGCCGCCGACACCACGAGGCCCUCCGUCAGCCCCACACUCGAGAACCCGCUGCUGAAUAAUAACAGUCUGAAGCUGGACAACGCUAAUGGGAAUGCUGGCAGUAAGACUGCUAGCCCCGCUUCGUCUCCGGCUCCGCUGUUCAGACCGUCUUUCCCAUCUACGUUCGGGACACCGCAGACUUUUGGGCGUCAGAGCACCAACACAAAUCCGGCCACAGCUUUGUCGAACAGCGCCCUGUUGUCCACGUUAUCAGCAUUGCCUCCAUCAGGUGUAGGCGUGAACGCGGCGAUGGCGGCGUACCAAAGCGCACUGCUGUCCGCUAUGGCGGCGCACACGCAUUCUUUCCCCACCAAUCUAUCCGCGCCAACAGACCUGUCCCUGAAGAGCCCCGCGCCGGCGACGGCGGCGGUGCACUCGGCGCCGGCGGCCCCGCUCAGCAAGCCGCUGCUGUCGCACAAGCUGUCGGGCGCCGAGGUGGGCGCCGUGCGGCAGCUCAUCACCGGCUACCGCGAGUCCGCCGCCUUCCUGCUGCGCUCCGCCGACGAGCUCGAGACCCUCCUCCUCAACCAACCCUAGGACGAAGCCAAAACCGACCUCGCCAAUAUAUUCGGUUUCAAAUUUGGAUAUUUCUGAACUGUGCUAGUACAAAUUGUGAUUAAAAUUCGUCUCGUGGACUUUCGGUGCGGUUUUGAAAGUUAUUAUUGACGUUGUCGUGUCAAUUUUUGGUCUAAGUGGUGGAAAAGAUAAAUUUUAGGCGCCUUUGAGUUCGCUUUCUCGGAAUGUGAUUGCUGAGUUUUCGGUCUCAUGAUUUUAAGAUUACGAUAGAUUAGGUUUGUGACUUUUGUCAAACGAAAAUUGUGCUGUAUUUUCCAGUUUACUGUGUUGUUGGUUAAAUAUAACACUGAGUUGCUAGAGUAGUCCUACUCGGCUUAAUAUAGACAAUUUUAUCGGUUGGACACUCUAUCUAUAAAACAGGAACAUAAGUUUCUUCAAACAUACUACUAGAAAUAAUUCAUUGCAAGUUGUUAUUUGUUACAGUAUUACGGUUUCUUUUUUAUCUAAUAUUCACUGUAAUGCAUGUUUAUAUAUUUAAUUGACUAGCAAUUUACUAAAUAUUUUUAUCGUGACAAAAUUAAGACGUUGGUAACCUUGUUAAACUGUGUUAAAUUUCAGUAAAGGUUCUGGGUGCUCCUAAGAGUUUAGCAAGGUUGCUUACCCCUGACUUCUAUGAAGUUCUUGCGCAAAUUUUCAUACAAUAAUUUGGAGUUAUGUGUACGUACUCUGUAUGAAAACUUGCUCAAACACAUCAUGUUGAUUGACCUUUAUUGUAUCGUAAAGAGUUCACUAACUACUGUCCUACAAAUUAAACUAUAGGUAAGCUCGUCGUACAAAGCUGCCAUAUUAUUGUAAAAACACACUAAGUGUUGCCAUUUGAGAAAUUACUCGUUGGAAGAGUACAAAAUUAUUUUUGUGUAUAUGUAGGAUUAAGAAAAAAAUCAGGGAGAUUUUAAUAGACAUAGGUUAAAAAUUCGAUAUCUUGCCUGGUGCGUGAAAGUACACUUUAGGGUUAAAGACAAAGUCGCUUCGUGCGUUAAGUUGGCUAGUAAACAAACGUGUAGGCAGCUUUCGUCAUAAAAGGUACUUAAUAUUGCAGAGAGGCCUAGCCGAGGCCCAAGUAUUUUAUCAUUUCCAUUCUUCAGGUUUCAAACACUUCACUUACAUGGUAAACUAUAUUUAACAGAGUUUAAAUACUAGGUUUUAAAGUGGCAUUCUAGACUUAAGAAGCACGAAUUUAUUUGUUGUUUUGUAUUAUACGAUUAGUGGUCUAGUUGUAUUUAUAUGAGUAAUAUAUUCUUAUUUAUCUUUCGGUUUCUAAGCUUUUAAAUAUAGGUCGGGGUCGAAUUUUAGUAUUAAAAAUUCGAAUAAUGCAAUAUCAUGACAUGUCGCACUGAACUUCAGUUUCCACAUAUUUAAAAAUCUCGAGACAAAACUUGAACUAUUCAAUAAGAUUCAGUCUUGAACAUUGGAAAGUGAUCAAGUAGGAACAUUAACAGAGUAAUUCAACUUUCAAUUAUUAAAUCGAUACCAGACCUAUCUAUUUCUCGUAAUCAACACUAUCAAAAUUAUCUUUCUUCCAAUUCCUAAUUUCCAAUGUAUCUUCGCGCGUGCUUGUAUAAGGCUCGUUUUAGUCUUCUGAUGAACAGUACUGUCGUUGAUCGUUACUAAACUGAAGGGGCGGCCAGAUGGUCUGCAACAACGCUUCCGUCCAAGGUGAUCUCUCUGGUUUCCAACCGUAUGUACGCGGUUUGCUACCAAAUUUAGUAAUGAUGAUCUUCGAUGUUUGAGAAGUUUGGUUGGUCACCGUCUGGCCAUCCCCUAUUUGUUUGAUGCAACACAGCCCCCACACUCGCGGGGAACCCCCAUCAUGGUACAAACGGAUAUAUUCCCACACUCGCGGGAAUAUGGACCGCGCUUAUAAAUAUUCGCUUUGCUCAGUAUGUUUACGUUCAGUGUAAAUCUAUUUGUUACCAUAGAUUUUAUGGCCAAGUACUGUAGGUAGGUUAAUGUUAGUUACUGCUUACGGUUUACGAGAUAAGAGUUUCAUUUUUCUUGAAAUAUUUCUAAAUUUCUAAAUACCUCUAUCGGGUUGCAAAAUUAUCAGAUUUGUAUAAUAUUGGGUACCACUUUGUACUACAUAUUUAGUAAGUACCAAAUGUCCAAAAUGCCACAUACUGUUGAAAAAAUCUGAAUUGAAAGAGUAAGAAUUGUUAUUAAUGGCAUUUUGUAAAUCUGCUUCUGGAAAAUGGUGAGACAUCACUAGGGUUGGCCUAAUUUGUUGUUUUAAUUUAAUUCCCAAAACCUCGUACUUAACGUUAUUAUAAUAAGAUAUUUUGUUAUAAAACUUUAUGCCUUUAGUUGUCCGGCCAGUCUAAGUUCUUAACUAAAUAACUUAAUGAGUAAUUUUUGAACAGGAUAAAUAAUAGAAUAAUUACACACAUACACGCUUAUUACGUUGCGAGAUAAGUUUAUAGCUGUAAUACUUUUUAUCAGUGAGAAGUUUUAAUGCAGUGGGCAAUCUCAGUUUUAUUUCGACUUCCAGUCGAUGGUGGUAAAAAGUCUCAUAGACUUACGCAUUUCGAUCCAUAAAAAGCGCUUGGAAAUUACAUCUUAGCAAUAAGAUGCACAAUUUUAUGAUAUGCGUCCGUCGCUUGUUGCCUAUUUCACUUAGUCCAAAAGACCAGGUCGUUAACGUUAAAUUAAAUAAUACAGCAAUAUACUAGGUCAUAGUGAUAAGACUACAACCAGCGAAGAUAACACAUAGGUACGAAGUUAGCAGAAGCCUGUUUCACACUGAUCAAAAGUAUUGUGCAGCCCACAAAAUAAUUGUAUAAAUACGUUUUAAAUUUUGCCAUUUUUCUCAAUAGGAUAAACGCUGUCAUGCCAGUUUAAAAUAGAAAUUGUAAAUUCACUUUUGAAUAUAAAAUUGCCAAAGAUUCGAAUUGAUUUGUAUUUACUUGAUUGUACCUAUGGAUAUGGAAUUGCUGAUUGGGUGUUGAUCAUAAGUUAAGCUAAGUUGUUCGUAAGCUUGAUUUCGUUGAAUAUCAUUCCAAUAUUUUUCUAAAAUACAUAAUUUGGUGCGAGAAGGGAGCCGUAGUCAGUGUAAAUGGAGAAAUUGUAAAAAGUAUGUUUAGAGUAUUAUAAAAAAGUUGAUUACAAAUAAUAUGUGAAGUUGAUGUUGGGAACGAAAAACGAAAGUGGCGGUGAGUACGUUGAGAAAAUGAAUUUGUUAGACAUUAAUAUAUAUUAUUAUUAGAGAUGUAUAAAUGGUUUACUAUUAUUAUUGGUUCGAGAGAAAAUACAAAAUGGAGAAAAAUACAAAAUGGCGAUUGUUACUAAUUACGAAAUGAGAAUUUAGUUAUAAUUUUUGCAAUUUCAAAAUGUGAGUUUUACAAUUUUGAAGAGAAAAUAUUAAAUAUGCUCAUAUACAGAA